AUGGAGACGUCUGUGCUGUUUUCAUUUGCUACGUGGAGCUCAGGCCGGUGGCGCUGCUUCGCACCAACCCGCCCCUUCCCCCCGCUUCAACGACACAUGCGCCACCCCGCCUUGGUUGAUUUGUGCUCCAGAUUCACGCCCACACAGCACUGCUCGGUCGCGCGAAACCACCGAAACCGUGGCUCUGGCACACUGGGUCCAAACUGCACCAAAUUGCGAGGCCAACUUCAUGAAGAAGUGACCGUGCAGGAGUGGGCAGUAGUGUCAAGGGCUGUACCCUAA